GCGCCGGGCCUCAUCGAGGCCGCGCCGCUUCUCCGCCCGGCCGACGUGCUCACCACGGCUGCCUUUGGCCGGCUGACGGCGCUCGACGUGGGCAUCGUGGCGCCGCACGCGGCCGGGGCCGGCGAGGAUGCUGCCGCCGCUUACGUGGUCAGCAAGGUCGGCAAGUACGCGCCGCACCUGCCGGCGCUGGCGGCCGACGGGAUCGCCUACCGGCCGCUCGCCUGGACAACGUGGGGCCGCCCGCGCGAGGAUGCGUCGGCCGCGGUCGCGUCCAUGGCGGCCGCAGCGGGGAGGCGCCUGGGCGCGCCCUCGCACGCGCUCGCGGCGCGGGCCCGCACCGCCAUCGGCGCCGCGAUCUGGCGCCGAGCAGCGCGCAUGGUCGGCGCGUGCGGCCCGCGGCUCGCCCGAGGGGAUGUCGGUGCCCUCCUGCCGGGGGCCGGGGCCGCCGGUGCAGGAGGCGAAGCGCUAGCGGGAGCGCUGGCCGGCGUGGCGGGCGAGGCGGACGCUGUCGCCGGCCCAGUUGGCACUGGCGGGCCCGCGGGGCCGGCGGGCCAGGUCGGCGCAGCCCUCCUGGGGGUCGGCGCAGCCGCAGGCGUCGCCGAGCUCGCGGCCGCGUUCGAGUCCAUCGCGGGCGCGGUCGGCCCCGGGGGAGCCGGCGCGCCUGGCCCUGGCGACGCCGGAGGCGCUGCGGCGGAGGCUGCCAGCGCUGCGGGCUGCAGCGCCGCCGCGGGGGCCGCCGGCGAGCCGGCGGGCGGGGGCGCCUGGGGCCCGGCCUGGUUUGCCGGCCUCCGACUGGCGCACGGGCGCGCCCCCCCGGCGUAG